ACAGUCGGAUAUGCAACUUCGACGAGAAGCUGAGUGUGAUCUUGGAUGAGUUUCCUAUGCUUGACGACCUCCAUCCGUGUCUUGCAUCCCUCAUAUGAACCUUCUAUACGACAAGAACCACUUCAAGCUCGCCCUCGGACAGCUCCGAACAGCACGGCACCUCAUCGACCAAGUCACAAAGAAGUCGUAUGGCGACCAUAAUGCGCCUGCAGAAGGGUUAUCCCACAUACGUAGAGGAACUUGUCCGGCAGCAUGUCUCCCGUCUUCCCGCAAUCAACUCCACUGCACGCUCCUCAUCUGCGGCUACCCGAAUGUCGGGAAGUCGUCCUUCAUCAACAAUGUCACUCGCGCGGACGUCGACGUGCAGCCGUUUGCAUUCACGGCCAAGUCGCUCUUCGUUGGUCAUCUCGAGUAGCGGUACAUGCUUUCGCAGGUGAUCGACACGCCGAGGAUCUUGGACCACCCGCUCUCGGACAUGAACACGAUCGAGACGCGGAGCUAUCACCGUGCUUGCGUACCUGCAGAGCUGUGUGCUGUACUUCAUGG